GCGAUCGCGACCUUCUUUAGCACCGUUAGGUCAUUUGUUGGCAGUCGCCAGCCUACCAUGUGCAGCAUGCGCCAGGAAGAUGUCGCAGCCCUGGACUCAUUCUGAUCUGAUUGGCGGAAAUCACAUGUUGCGCACAAGUAUGCAUGUGUGGUAAGAAAGAUCGUCGCAAGGUAUGGUAAUGGUCUUGUGUGAUACCACGCGUUGAUUCUGUGCAUGCUCUCAGGCUACGAGGAUACAUAAAUUGUUCCAGGUAGCAGUGGAUAACAAGCCCAUACUCUCGGCAUGCGUUUUGUUACCUUCGUGAGCGCGUUGUCACUCGCUGCGCGUCAGGCGGCGGCAGCUCUUGCCACUUGCCCGGAUACCUCGAGUGCCGAGUAUGAUUACAUCGUGGUUGGUGCUGGCGCCGGAGGCGGACCCUUGGCGUCCCGUCUGGCACUGAAUGGGUUCAAAGUUCUGCUGAUGGAUGCGGGUCACAAUGUCUACAACGACAACACCACUGUCCCCCUCUACCUCGCUCGUGCGAACGAGGACCCUCAGAUGACUUUGGACUAUGAAGUGACGCAUUACCCGCCUACGGGUCCCGGAAAUGUGACCAAAUGGUAUCCCCGCGGCUCGGCCCUGGGUGGCUCGACAGCCAUGAACGCGCUCAUUCAUCUGCGACCACAUGACUGGGAUCUGGACACGAUGGCCACCGAGUUGAAGGACCCUAGCUGGGGAUCGACCAAGAUGCGCAGCUACCUGACGAACAAGAUAGAGAACAACCUAUACAUUCCCCAGAUCAUUGGCUCGUUCCUGAGCUACGGUUACGGCGGAUGGCUCAACACCGAUUUCCCUCCUUUGAACCUCCUACUCUCGUUGAACAAUUUGGAUUUGCAACUUCUUGACAUUCUUACGUCGGUCAUCACGGCCGUGCUCCCUGUUGCUGGAACCGACUACAACGGCGACCCAGCAAACGACGGUGUCGCGGGUGGAGCUGCUGUGAUCUUGACGAAAGACUCUGCGCACAACAGGUCUUCAGUUCGCGAUCAUAUCAUGGCUACGAACCAAGCACACCCGAACAACCUCAUUCUGCAGACGGACACCUAUGCGACUAAAAUUCACACCUGCACAACUGGCGGUAACAACAUUGUUGCCUAUGCAGUCGAGGCCGCUACGGCUCCGGCUUUGAUUCCCGUUCACCGCUCGUUCACGGGCAAACCAGCUGGGGGCCUGCAGACCAAGCUUUACACUGCUAAGCGUGAGAUCAUCGUUUCCGCCGGGACGUUCCAGACGCCGCAGUUGCUCAUGCUGUCUGGAAUCGGACCCGCGGCUCAUCUUGCCCAACACAACAUCACACUGGUCAAGGAUCUUCCCGGCGUCGGCUCGAACUUGCAGGACCGGAUUGAAAUGACCGUCAUCUGGGAGAUGAAGAAGAACUUUACUCUUUUCAACGGCUGCAAAUUCACGGACAGUAUGGCUGUCGAUCCUUGCUUGGACACUUGGUCGCAGGAUGGUCACUCGAACAUCUACUCCUCUGGGCCAGCUGUCUGGGCUCACACUUACCGGUCGAAUGAGUCGUUGCCCUAUCUUGACAUGUGGUCCAUGUGGGGACCUGGCGCUUUCGAGGGCUACUACAAAGGAUAUCCCGUCAUCCUAGCUGAGCAGAGCGUGAAUCACUUUAACAACGUGCUUCUUAAAGCCCACACAUCCUCCAAGGGAUGGGUGCGCCUGACUGGCUCUGACCCGCAGGACCUGCUCGAGAUCAACAAAAACCAGUUCCAGACGGCUGAAGAUCUCGAGGAUCUGCAGGUCAUGGUCGACGCAGUCAAGAAAACUCGCGCGUUGUGGGCCGCCAAGUCUGGGAUGAACUCGAACUCUCUGGGCGAGACCUGGCCCGGACCGAAUGUGCAGACGGAUGACGAGUUGAAAGAAUUCAUCAUCCAAAAUGCAUGGGGACACCACGUCUGCUGCACUGCUGCGAUUGGCGCGGAUGGAGACCCAAACGCAGUUCUUGACAGCAACUUCAAGGUCCGGGGGGUCAACAAUCUCCGGGUGGUCGAUGCUAGCUCGUAUCCGUGGAUUCCGGGCAUGUUUAUGACCACUGCCACAUACCAGAUUAGUGAGAAAGCUGCCGAUGUCAUUACAGCUGCAGCCCGGUCGUAGAACUUGUAUCAUACCACACACACAAUGUGACCUUGCUGAAUCAUCUAAAAUUAAAUCAUUGAAUGGCG